CUUCAUGUCACCACACGUUGAUGUGACCAGCGGAAGCGCUUGAUACAAAACAUGCUUCUAAAAUCGUGUGAAAAACGAAUGAUAUUAGCAGACUUUAUCUGUUUGUUAUGCUAUACUCCGGUAUAAUGUGCAGAACUGGUGCUUUUGUGAAAUAAAUACUGACCGCCUGUUGUGGUACAGCUCAUGAAUGGGAAUUGAAAUACCGAACUAAAUUAGCACAAUAGCUAACCUGCUAACUAACUUCGGCAGUUAUGGCAUUGAUGGACAAAGAUACUGCGGUUCUUCAGGGUGCUUUCCUCCUGGCUGAUAAACUGUCUCUCCCCUCGUCCCUGUCCUCUCUUCAGAAGGCUGACUGGAGCAGGGUGGGCCAUCUGGUCCUGGAAGCAGUGCGGGAAAUCUGCGGACAGGAAGAACUCGGUGUUCACCUCCCUGCAGCGGCUGUGAGCUGUAUAAAGAAAUUAAUUUGUGCUAUUUGGCUGAAGGUGUUCUGCAGGGAGGCUGUAACGGACGUAGAGCUGUCCUGGAGGGAGAACCCUUUCUUCCCCCUCCAGAACGGCCUCCCCGAAGUCAACUAUGUUGUCCUGCUGGAAGUGGUGAGGUCGUUAGCAGCUGCUCCGAUAUUUGCCCGUUUCCUCUUGCAUCUUCCCCAGUCUCAGAUCGCUACUGAGCUUGAAAGGUUGGUGCAACACGUGAGGAGCGGCCCCACUAGAGAGGACGAUGUUCGAUUUCUCCUGGAGGUGUGGUGGGAGCUGUGGAAAGGGCAAGAUGAGCAGAAAGAGGAAGGAGAGGAUAGCAUAGAGAAGAUGUUUGCCGGACAGUUUGCUCGGCUCUCGUCUAAAUCUUCCAGUCUUUCCCCUCAGGCUGCCAAGAGGCUCAAGCUAGACGCUUCAGAUCUACCUGCAUCGCCGCCAACCGCUGAUGUCGUAAACAUCCUCCUUCAUGCACUUAAAGACAUAAAAGAUAAGAUAUCUACAACAGAUCUCUGCCUUCAGGCUCUUUCCAUUGCUCUAGAUACUCUUUACACGGCAUUCCUAAUAGACGGAGCAGUCGGACUUCCUGCGAUAGAGAAGAUGCAUAUCCUGUCAAAAGUGGUCCGCAUCAGAGAACAGAAUGGCGAGAAACUGACUCCUGAACUUUUAAAGGAGGCUCUGAGAGACCUACAUGCGUCUCACACACCAUCUCAGUUUGAACCCACCCGGAUAAAGCUUGGUGAAGCCUCGAAGAUUAUAACAGAUCUGGCUCAGUUCUGGCAAAGCAAUGGGCUCCUGGGCACCUCUGAAUCUAGCGGCUCAGCAUUUAAACUAGAACAAAGUGUCCAGAGAGUCCUGACGGCUCUACAAGAAGCCGAAGCGCCUGAAACUACGAAUGAAACAGACCUUCAGAAGUCUGAGAAAAACAGUCUCAGCGGUUUCCUGGAGUCACUAUCUUUCCCCGCCGCAGAGAGCACCCCUGAGCUGAACGCCCGGGUAACAGCAGUCAUCAUCAAACACCGUCUGGACGACUACCAGAACUUCACAGAGUUAUUUGCCAGUGAGAAGAGUUGGGCUGCCCAAGAUGAGCUCUGGUUCGACUGCCUGGAGAAGAACCAGGCAGCCUUCCAGCGGCAGGAAACGCUGAUCAAUCUGACCUCCACCAUCGUGACUAAACUCCACAGCGAGGGCUCCAACGUGAGCCAGUGCAGGAAGCUGAUGAAAGUGGUCGCGGACAUUUUCUCAGCACUUUCACUAGAAGACAAGAACAAAGCAUUGGCUGCCAUGCUGAGACUGUCCAGCCGGGGCUUCUUUGGCGGCUCCGUCCCCUCUGCGGUGACCGUCGCGUUCGAACAGGAGCUUAACAUGGCCUUCAACUGCAUCAUCCAAGGGAGGGGCGGAGCGUCGGCAGCAGCGUCGCAGGCCAAUCUUAACACAGCAGUGUCUUUGGUAGCUAGAGUCGUGUUCCAGAACCCUGAAGCCGCUUUGAGGUCUUGUUGUCAUUCCGCUGUGUUCAAUAAAGGUGCUUUCACUCUGAUGGCCAAGAUCCUGCAGCAGCUGCCAGGACUCAGAGGACCGAGGGGAAGAGAAGAUGAACUACAAAACGAUGAAGACGCAAGCAAAAAGGCAGAAGAAGAAGAAGACACUCAGAGUGGUAGCGCUCUGCUCUGCAGGUGUCUACAGGAGAUGACGAAGACCAAAUCGUUGUCAGCCAAUGAGGGAGAGCAGCUGCUCAAGUUUCUGGGUCUGCUGAUGAUGCCUGUCAUGGCCGCUGAGGGAGAAGAAGAAAGGAUGGAAAGCUUUUUGACACCUCAGGAGGUCGUGAACGUCUUCGUCCUGCCUAACCUCUCCACCACAGGUCACCGCUGCUUCGACAUAGAGCUGAGUCUGCAGCUCCUGCACACGGCUCUGUCUGUGGACGCUCCCGUCUCUCCUCACUGGGUGUUGGGCUGCUCUCCCUUCCCCCUCCUCUAUGUCCUCGCCCAGCUGCUAAACCAGACUCUCAGGUGCUGGGAUCAGACACCAGAGGGCGCUGUGCACCGCUGGUCCAUGGACACCAAGGAGCUGCUGGAGGCUUUGCUGACCCGGCUGGGGCAGCUGGUGGGGGCAGAGGUGGCAGCGUCCCCCAGCAGCUGGUCCAGAGCUCUGUUCUGGCUCUACCACAAGAUGGAGAGACUGGACUGGACCAUUCGCUUCCACCUCAAGCCCGUCUGGAGGGAUCACUUCAAAAACGAGGUUCCCGCCUCUCUGCUGACUGUGUGUGAUCUGCCGGAGCAGGAGUGGUCCGGGGUGGAUCUGCCUCAGUACGGACAGGGCACCGGGCUGCUGGCCUGGAUGGAGUGCUGCUGUGCGUCAGACUCCCUGAGGACCACCAUGCUGUCCCGCCUCUCUCUGGACCAGCGGCGGGCCGACCAUGUGGGCAUGUUCAGCAAAGGCCUGCUGGUGGCCGUGACCCAGACGCUGCCCUGGUGCUCCGUCAGCCAGUGGGGACGGCUGCUGGGGGUCCUGAGGGAGCUCAUCACCUCGGCCCGCCUCUACGUCCCCUUCUCGCUGGAGUACGUGGAGUACCUGCCCCUCCUGGACCUGAGGAGGUUCUCCUGCGAGCUGCGCCUGUCCGUCCUCCUGCUCCGGGUCCUGCAGCUGCUCUGUGGGUCCAGCUGCUCUGACUGGCUGUCCGCUGAGGGGUGGGGGCACGUCGGCAGGUUAUACGCCCACGCCGUGAGGGAGGUGAUGAACUCAGUCAGAGCCAAGCUGCCCCUUCCUGCCUCGGCUCCUCUGACCGUCUCCACGCCUCCUAAAAUGUCCAAAUCCCCGCUGAAGUCCAAAGAGUCCCACAUGGAGGAGGAGGGGGAGACAGCUCCCUGCCAAGAGGUCCUCUUUGUCCUCAGCCAGCUCUUCUGCCAUGUGCAGCACAUCCAGGUGAUGAUGCCAGGAGGCCAGUGCGAGCCGCUGUUCCUGUGCAGCCUGGAGAUCCUCAGCCACUACGAGGCCAUCAUGGCGGCGUUCCCUCACAGCAGCAGCUCUCUGGAGAGCGACAACACCCGCCACUUCUUCUCCACCAUCACUGACAACCUGCAGAGCCAGGAGAUGAAGGCGGUGCUGCAGCAGAAGAUCGCUCAGCUGGUGUCAGCGGCAGCUUGACACACCGAGCUCCUGUGAAAUAAUGAUGAUGUCAUACACUGCACUUAUGAGGGUGAUGGGAAAGGAGUUUGAGAGAAUAAAAGAUAUUUCACAGCAAA